AUGCAGAAUUUGGAUGUAAAUGACGGAGGGAGCGAGACUGUGCCCGAUAUGAGUAAGCCAAGCAAAGGAACUGCUACUGCUACUCCAACAGACCCUGGUCUUUCACCCCGAGUGCAAUCACAAGACACUGAUCCUUUGGAACUACACAAGUUGUCAUUGAGUUAUGAUUACUUGAUGUUCAAAAUCAAGGACUAUAUCAGAACACUAACCGAUCAAACAUAUGAAUCUGUGGUUCAAAAACAAGAUCGUAUCAACCAUGAUUAUUUUGACAAACAAUUGAAUCUACCCCAGCAGUAUGAAGAGAUUGACAAAUUACUCAGAACCUGCAAUGAUCUAGAGCAAGAGUUUAUGAAAAUCGAUCAACUCGAAAUAUUUGUACAUGAUUUCAAACAAAGGCUAGAUGCAAUAGAGAAGGAGUUUGGUAAAAAGUCGUGA